AUGGUCACAAAAGGAAUUGUGCUUGGACAUAAAAUUUCGAAAAAAGGAAUUGAGGUUGACAGAGCUAAAACAGCAAUUAUUGAAACCCUGCCACCGCCGCACAAUGUGACAUCCUUGAGGAGUUUCUUAGGACAUGUGAGAUUCUACAGAAGAUUUAUAAAGGACUUCUCGAAAAUUGCAAGACCAUUGACUAAACUGUUGGAAAAGGACGCUAUAUUUGAACUAAAUAAGGAUGCUAUGAAAGCAUUUCAAGAUUUGAAGAAUGCCAUGGUCAUCAUUCAUACUGAUCAUGCGGCUAUCAGGUUUCUUAUGUCUAAACCUGAAGCAAAGCCAAGACUGAUUAGAUGGAUUUUGUUGUUGCAAGAAUUUGACGUGACUAUCGUGGACCGAAAAGGAGUUGAGAAUAGUGCAGCUGAUCAUUUAUCAAGGCUAGAUAAUGAAAAAGGACAAGAUACGACUGGAGAGGUGAAUGAAUAUUUUCCUGAAGAGAAAUUGAUGGACUUUGCAGGACCGUUUCCGGAUUCCAAAGGUUUCAAAUAUAUCCUUAUAGUAGUGGAUUACGUAUCAAUGUGGGUUGAAGCAGAAGCACUUCGAAACAAUGAUGCCAGGAGCGUAACAAGAUUUCUAAAGAAAUUAUUCACAAGAUUUGGAGUGCCACAGAUUGUAAUUAGCGAUAGGGGAACACACUUCCGGAAUGUGCCCAUGCGGAGAUUACUUCAAAAGCAAGGCAUACAACAUCCGGGAGGAGUCCCGUAUCACCCUCAAACUACCGGGCAAGUUGAGAAUGCAAAUAGAGAUAUUAAGGUCAUAUUGGAAAAGACAGUGACUCGGCAUAGAAAGGAUUGGGCUGACAAGCUUAGCUACGCUUUAUGGGCUUUUUGGACUGCAUAUAAGACGCCAAUAGGGACUACUCCAUACAGAUUGGAGAGGAUGUUUCAACUGAAUGAAUUGGAAGAAUGGCGUUUGCUUGCCGAUGAGACAUCCAGAUCUUACAAGGAACGAUCAAAGUUUUACCAUGGCAUGCACAUCAAGAAGAACAAAGAAUUCACUGAAAGAGAUAAGGUGUUGCUAUUCAAUUCCAGAUUGCGACUCUUUCCUGGAAAACUUAAAUCGCGAUGGACGGGGCCAUAUAUUGUUACAAAGGUUUUUUCUUAUGGAACUUUAGAGAUCAUGCAUCCUGAGAAAGGAACUUUCAAAGUAAACGGCCGCCAAGUCAAGAAAUACUAUGGGAUGCAAAAUGCGUAG